CACGUGGAGGAAGCCUUUUCCUUGAACGUGAAUGGUCUGGUCCAGGUCAGAAAGGUCAAGGCUGAAGAUUAGUCACAUAUGAGCUGCUAUAAAUAAGGCUUGGAGGACUGUCACAAUGACAACAGCUUCACAUCAGAGGAAAAUGAAACAGUACUUCAGCGACCGGCGUCCUCGUGGGAUUCUCUUCAGUAUCCUAAACCGUGAAUGUGACUUUGCGCACUUCGGUUAUCCAGACACACGCAGCUGUCAUUGUAAGCGUUUGGUGUGCUUGAGAAACCCAGAGACCACCUGCCGUGUGGCUUUUGGGGUCCUGAUAAAAACCAUUCACUUCAUGAAGAGCUUACCUUCCUUCCAAACCCUGGCGCUCAGAGACCGGCUCGUCCUUGUUGAGAAGCGCUGGGUGCCGCUGUUCCUCCUGGGUCUUGCUCAGGAGCACGUCACUUUUGAGGUGAGGGCCGUCCCUGCGGCCAACAUCCUUAGAAACAUACUGAUGAACGGGCGGCAGAAAUCAGACGACUGUCCGCCCACCCUGGCAGGAGCGCACAAGCUCAAGACGUUCCUAAACAAAGUCUGGAGUCUGGAUCUGAGUCUCAAAGAGUAUUCAUGUCUCAAAGGUGCAAUACUGUUCAGUCAAGAUGCUGCUGGACUGAGGAGCUCAGCAGUGAUGGCAGGACUGCAGGAGGAGGCACAGAGAGCUCUGCACAUGCUGAUUCUCUCCCAUCCUCACCCCACAGAUCACCGCACAUUCACAGACAUGCUGUUUAUGGCCAGCGCUCUACAGAUGGAGGCCCAAAGCCUGGUGACAGAGCUGUUUUUCAGACCCAUCGCCGGCCAGAUGGAUCUCCACAAACUCCUCCAUGAGAUGAUUGUCAAACAACUGCUGCAGGAAUGAGUCCUAAAACCUGUGAAUGACUAUUGAACUUUUCGUUCCAUCAUUUCAAAGUCAAAGUCAUGUUUUUCAAAAAAACGUUUUUAUUUAUUUAAAAAUCAAACUUUUUUUUUUUUUGUAGAUUUAAAAAAGUAUUGAAGAGGUGUCAGAAGCUCAGUGAUGGUGAUGUUGAAGUCAUAUGACCGUGGUGUAGUUCAUUUAUAGCCUAUAUUCAGCUUUUUACUUAAAGGGAUAGUUUACAAAAAAAAAAAAAAAAAUUCUGUCAUUAAUUACUCACCCUCAUGUCGUUCCAAACCCGUAAGACCUUCAUUCAUCUUCGGAACACAAAUUAAGAUAUUUUUGAUGCAUUCCGAGAGCUUUCUGACCCUCCCAUAGACAGCAAGGAUCCUUACACGAUCAAGGUCCAGAAACGUAGCAAAGACAUCGUUAAAAUAAUCCAGAUGACAUCAGGGGUUCAACCGUAAUUUUUUCUGAAGCUACAAGAAUACUUUUUGUGCCAUUUAGUGCCAUUUUGGAGAGUAUCACAUACGCAAGCAAUGUAUGCAUAAAUUAUGUAAAUAAAUUAAUUUUCAUUUUUGGGUGACCUAUCCCUUUAAAAGAUGCUGGCACUGCAACAGUUCAUUAUUUUUUCUGACUGUAGUAGAACGAACGUGAUUCAGUUCCAGUGGAUCUAAGGAUGGCUUUAGUAUUUCCCCCCUAGAUUGCUUACUUCCAAGACAUGCACUGAUAUUAUAAUCAUAUUAAAAUAAUUAUUUUUCUUUCUAAAAGCUAAUAAUUAGCCUAAUAAAGAGAGCUUAUAAAACACAAAGAUGUUGCUUGUUGUUUGGACCCCAACAUUUUCAAAAUAUGAAACAGGUCAUACAGGUUUUGAAAGACAUGGCUUAAGCACAAAUAUUAAUUAAAAGUUCGCUUUUUGUUUGCAUUUUUCAUUUAUCAGCCUACAUAAUUCUUCAGUAAAAUGCGCAUGCGGAUCUUUAGGCCUACUCCGUAUUUUCUAUUACCGAUUUAAUUUUGCAUCCUUUGUACUGUAUACUUUCUGAAUCAGCACACCAAACAGCUAACUGUUUUUUUUUUUAACGACAGCAGUUAAAAAUAUACCACAAAAGGUGGCACUGUGUGAUUCGCUGCUCCCCAGUA